AUGGCAGAAGUCCGCCAACCGAUCGAUAUUCCGGCCCUGGAACGGUAUAUCAGCCAGAAUGUGCUGGAUAUCCAGACUCCAGUUGAUGUCAAACAGUUUGGAUUUGGCCAAUCCAACCCAACGUACCAGCUCACCGCCGCGAACGGAAAGAAGUUCGUCAUGCGGAAGAAGCCCCCAGGCAGUCUCCUAUCUAAGACAGCCCACAAUGUCGAGCGAGAAUACAAAUUCAUUCACGCACUUGAACAGACGGACCUACCUGUGCCUAAGGCGCUUUGCCUUUGCAAGGAUAGCAGCAUUAUUGGAACACCAUUCUACAUAAUGGAGUUCCUGGACGGGAGAAUAUUCGCUGAUCCUGCGAUGCCUGGGAUAAAUCCAGGCGAGCGAAACGCGCUAUGGAGGGAAGCUAUCUACACACUCGCUAAGCUCCAUCAGGUGCUUCCUGACGACGUGGGCCUGGGAAUGUUCAGCAAACCGACAGGAUUCUACAGUAGGCAGAUCGCCACAUUUAAGGAGAUUUCCAUGUUACAGGCGCAGGUGAGGGACAUUGAUACUACGGACCCAGUGGGUGAACUCCUGCACCUCUCUGAAAUUGUGCGGUUCUUCGAGAACCGCGGGACACAGCCAAAGGACCGCCGCACGCUGGUGCACGGCGACUACAAAAUUGACAACAUAGUGUUCCAUAAAACGGAACCGCGUGUCAUCGGGAUUCUGGACUGGGAGAUGGCAACAGUUGGCCACCCGCUGUCCGAUUUCUGCAACCUCACCAGUCCAUACUUCCUUACCGUGACUGGACAAGAUGUGAAUAACUUCCGCAUGGGCGCAGUCGUUGGUCUACCAACUCGCGCGGAUUGCAUUCGGUGGUACGCUGAGUUCUCUGUCUACGACGUUUCGCCGGACAUCGCCUGGGGUGACGCCUUCAUGACAUGGCGCAGCUCUGUUGUCUUGCAAGGUAUCAAGGCGAGGUACGCGCAGCGCCAAGCCAGUAGCGCCAAAGCGCAUGAAUAUGCCAAGGAUAUGAUCCCCAUGGCCCUUUCGGCGUGGCAACGAGUCAAUGAAUUGCAAGAGCAGCUAGCGAAAGCGAGCAAACUAUAG